UUCAGUCCAUGAGCCACCUGUAGCAGGCAGCGAGUGUACCACGAAGGGUGCAGCGUCUCUAGCAGCACCGUUAUAUUCACCGUUACACCGGCUAGACUUCUGGACACGGGACUUCAAAACCGUCUGGUUCUCCUCGGUCGACCCGUUUUACAACCGAAGGCUUGAAAGAUGUUUUUCAGUUAUCUGCCUGUCGUGUGUCUCCUGGGCGCUGUCGUUAAAGGAUUGACAACAGAUCCCUUCACACUAAAUUCAUCUUCAAUCACCAGUACCAAUGAGACAACCUCCCAAAUUAGCACCGAGUCCAGGACCACCACAGCAGCAGUCAUUGAGAACAGUAACUUUACCCACCCAACUGGCUCUCCAUCAGGUCCAACCAGCGGUACAAAAAUGUCCCCCGCAAGCCCAGAGACAACUCAUCCCACCAACACCAGUGAGACUACAAAUACAACCACUACACCUGCUCCAGAUCCUACACUGACUACAAGUACACCGACACCACACACCAGCAACGACACAACUACUAUUACACCGCCCCCCCACACCAGCAACAACACAACUUCCAUUAUAGCCACAACACAGUCGAGUAACAUCACAACAACUGCAGCUACGACACAAACCAGCAACGGCACAGAAAGUACAAGUACAGUAACUCCAGGAAUCCCUACAGCUGUACUAACUUCAACUACACUAACAAACUCUACUAACACCUCUACUGAGAAUUCCACAUCCACCACCACACCCUCAUCCUCAACUAUCACCACAAAUGCAACACUCACCUCCCCUGGACCCCCACCCUCUUCACCUACCUCCAUCUCUACCUCCAGCACUCUCCCCGCAAACACCUCCUCAGGAAGUAGCACCGCACCCCCCAGUGGAAAUAACACCACCCUUAGUCCCUCAACAACAACCACAGGAGUGAUCGGUCACACUACUUUGCGACCAACAGACAUGACAACCAAAAACUCCACCACCACUCCAAUCUCCUCCACCACCACCAUCAGUACUGGGACCACCAACACUGGCCCCACCCUGCGACCAACAGACAUGACCACCAACAACUCCACUACAGCUGCCCCAACCCUCCCUCCAUUCAUAGUGUGCCCUGCCGCCUCAUGCCCACUUGAAAGCAUAUGUCUUAAUGGUACUUGCCAGUGUCUGUCUGGUAGCUUCCUGGUAAAAGGCCGCUGUGUACCUGCUCAAGUGUUUCCAGGCCAGCUUCAUAUGACUUCCCUGACAUUUGAUAAUGAGAUGAGCAACAGGUCCUCAGCAAUAUUCCAACGGACGGCGGCUGAGAUCUCAGCAGCGCUCAAAAAUGCCCUCAAAAAUCAUAUGGGAUAUCAACAAUCUGAUGUUGUGCAACUUGAACCGGGAAGUGUGCAAGCAACUGUAAAUAACAUAUUUGAAAAGACCAAUGCCACUCAAGAGUCUGUUGAUCAGGUCAUUAAGCAAGCUAUAGCAGCAGCACCAGCAGGUGGAGUCUUGGCUGAUGCUACGUUUACAGCUACAAACCUGUGUGAGCAGAAACAAUUAUCACCCUGUGAUAUCUCCACUACAACAUGCACAAAUACAAAUGGCCGGGCUGUUUGUUCCUGUAAAGAGGGCUACAUCUCCAAUGAUUACACCAACAAAAUCUGCACAGCGUGUGAAAGUGGGUGGAGAGCAGUGGGAGACACGUGUCAACCAUGUGCAUUUGGAUACGCUGGCUUCAACUGCAAUGAUUCCGCUCUGCUGGCAGUGGUGGUCAUCUCCUGUGUACUGGGAGGAGUUCUUCUCAUCAUUGUCCUGGCUUUGCUCAUAUACUUUUGCUGGAGGAGAUGUUCAAAGAGCAAGCAGGACCACAACAGCAGUCCAUACUCAUCAGGUGACAUAAACCAGCCCUGGCCCACUGGCAUCACCCCUAUCCCCCGUGCCACCUCUAACUGUUAUGAAGCUCCUCCUAUAGAAAUGGCAGAAGGGGGCAACAAUCGCGUCCCGGUGGACAAAUAUCAAACCAACGGAUUGGGUUUUCCGCAGAAGCUCAAAGGAUGGAAAAAGUCGGGAUCAUACGAUCUCAACCCAGAUACAAUGCACACCUUCAAAGGUAAAAAUCCGUCCCGUUACUCCUAUCUGGUUCAAGGCCACGAGAACCCCUACUUCUUACCAGGAGAGGACAAGAGGGACUGAUGAAGUCCAGGCAGAAAUGUUAUUUAUUCAUUGUUGAACUUGCUUGUAUUAAUGAUAAAUCAUAAAAGACCUUUCUUAACUGGGAAAUGGCCACCAAAGAGAUUUAUUCAAACCAGCAAGACCAUUUAAAAACAGUUUUAAAAGUGCAUUAUGUCUGUUCUUUGAAAAGAGCUAAAUGCUGAAGAUCAUAGCCAGUAGAUGUUGCUGUUGCUCAGUAUGAUUCUCCUGCCAUUCCAUAAGGUACAUUUGACUUUUUUAUGCUUUUAAGAAAUCAUCCUUUUGUAUUUUUAAAUGAAGCUUCUUAUAUUGCUAAUUGCACUAAAGUGUUUUUUUUAAGUUUACCAACAGUUUUCCUUUGAAAUUAAAGGUAAAUUGAAUAUGGGCUUUCAGGGGCUACUAGAUUUUUUUUCUUAUGGGUAUUUUUUAGAAUAACUAAUAUCGUACAACUCAAAGGGGCUGGAUCCCUUGUUGGGGGUAUUUUUUUUUAAAUGGAUUUAUAUUGUAGCUUUCUAAAUCUGACUACUCUGUAUUUGUUAAAGCUGCACUUGCAAAAUGUGCCUGUUUUUAAUCAUUUGACAAACAGGAAACAUACAAUGCUGAUGUUAAUACCUAUCUCCGGGAUGUGCCAAUUAUCACUUGAAUACAUUUCUUUUGAUAACUCAUAUGUAU